UCACACCAAGCAUUCAGAAAACGGAAAAAACAGAGCCAGAGAGGAAAAAAAAAAUAUGGGCGAGGAAUUAACAGUUGAAAAAGGUGGGAAAUGGAGUUGGAAUUCCGUCGCACUAAUCGGAGCCUUAACAGCAACAGCUACAGCAGCAAUCACAAUAGCAAAACCAAAAGACCCAAUUUUCCAUCUCAUGUCAAUCAAUCUAACUUCAUUCAAAUUCAAUCUCCCUCUUCUUGAUGCUGAACUCAUCUUAACCGUACACGUGACUAAUCCUAACAUAGUUCCGAUCAACUACUCUACAUCCAACAUGAAAAUCUUCUACGACGGUUCGUUGCUCGGGUCAGCUCAGAUUGAAGCCGGAUCACAGGGGGGCAAGUCUUGUGAGCUGUUGAAACUGCCGGGCCGGCUUGAUGGCGUUGAGCUGGCUCAUCACGCUGCGAAGUUUCUGUCUGACGUGGCGAAAAGAGAGAUGAUACUGGAUGCGGUUGUGGAUAUUGAAGGUAUGGCUAAGGUUCUUUGGUGGGGUCAUAAGUUUAAAGUACACGUGGAUAGUCAUAUUACCGUUGAUCCUGUUUUUCUUGAUGUGAUUGAUCAACAAAAUAAAUCCGAGCUUAAUCUGUUUAUGAUGCAUGAUAUAAGGAAUAAACUGAUGGAUGAGUCCAAUCAAUCUGGCCAAGAAGAAGAAGAAGAGUAUGAUACUGAUGAUGAGGGCUAUGAAAAGAUUGAGUGAGGGUGAUUUUGUCAUUUUGUUAAUCUUUCUCUUUAUGUUAAUUGUAGUUACACUUCCUUGACACUUGUGGUGCUUGGUGUUAUACAUUGAUUACUUUACACUUGUGAUUUAGAUAUUAUGGACAGUUUACUUUACACUUG